CAUCCCUGCCUGCUCCCUCCCUCCCUCCUCCGCUGCAAGGGGCCAAGGGCCGGGACAAAGGCAGAGCAGCCCUGGCCAGCCUGUGCCCGUGCUCCCGGAAGGGGCCGUGCCCCGGCACAGGCCUGCCGGCGGGGCGGACCAGAGAUGCUGCUGUAGGGGAUGCCCAUGGUUCUCACCCUCCUCGUCUCUGCCUAUAAACUGUGCCGGUUCUUUGCCAUGUCCUCCUCGGAGCGGCUGUGCGUGCCUCAGGAUGCGAGCCCGGCAGGCUGGUGGGCCAGGCUGGGGGGCGCCCGGGAGGUGUCCCCCGGGGUGAGCACAGAUGUCCGGGCAGCUCUGGACCGCAUCCUGCCAGAGCUGCACUUGGCCAUCUCCUCCCUGAAGCAAGCAGCCGGCCCCGUGGAGCUGCGAGGGGCCAUCGCCACCAUCUUCCAGCUGGUGGAGGAGGCCUGGGUGAUACCCACGGUGGGCAGGGAUGUGGCCAAGGCGCUGUGCGACGUGAUCCGUCUGGAGGGGGGCCUGGACCUGCUGCUGAGCCUGCUCCACACAGCCGAGCUGGAGACCAAGUGCCACGCGGGGAAGCUCCUGGAGCAGAUCCUGGUGGCGGAGAACAGGGACCGGAUUGCCCGGAUUGGCCUGGGUGUGAUCCUGAACCUGGCCAAGGAGCGAGACAGCCCACAACUGGCCCGCAGCAUCUCGGGCAUCCUGGAGCACAUGUUCAAACACACCGAGGACACGUGCGGCCAGCUGAUCUCAGAUGGCGGCCUGGACGCCAUCCUGUACUGGUGCCGUGGGACUGAUUUGGUCGUGCUGCGCCACUGCGCCAUGGCCCUGGCCAACUGCGCCAUGUACGGCGGGCAGGCCAACCAGCGGCUCAUGGUGGAGAGGAAGGCGGCCGAGUGGCUCUUCCCACUGGCCUUCUCCAAGGCAGAUGAGCUGGUGCGCCUGCACGCCUGCCUGGCCAUCGCUGUGCUGGCCACCAACAAAGAGAUCGAGCGGGAGGUGGAGAGCUCGGGCACCCUGGCGCUGGUGGAGCCCUUCAUCGCCUCCCUGGACCCCGAGCAGUUUGCCCACAACCUGCUGGGCAGCAGCGACAACAGCCAGGGCCGUACGGCCAACGACCUGCAACGCCUGGUGCCGCUGCUGGACAGCUCGCGGCUGGAAGCCCAGUGCAUCGCCGCCUUCUACCUCUGCACCGAGGCCGCCAUCAAGACCCGGCAGAAGACGACCCAGAUUUUCAACGAGAUUGGGGCUACCCAGAGCCUGAAGCGGCUCGUGUGCUACUCAACUGGUGGCACUGUCUCGGCACUGGCCAAGAAGGCGCUGCGCACCAUGGGCGAGGAGGUGCCGCGCCGGAUCCUGCCCCUCGUCCCCAGCUGGAAGCCCCUCGAGGUGCAGACCUGGCUGCAGCAGAUCGGCUUCAACCAGUACUGCCAGCGCUUCCUGGAUCACCAGGUGGACGGGGACCUGCUGCUUAAGCUGACAGAGAUGGACCUGCAAGAGGACCUGGGGAUGGUUUCCAGCAUCACCCGCAAGAGGUUUUUCCGGGAGCUUGUGGAGCUGAAGACAUAUGCGAACUACUGCACCUGCGACCGCAGCAACCUGGCCGACUGGCUGGGCAAUGUGGACCCCAAGUUCCGCCAGUACACGUACAACCUGGUGACCUGCGGCAUCGACCGCAACUUCCUGCACCGCGUGACCGAGCAGCAGCUGCAGGAGGACUGCCACAUCGACCUGGGCUUCCACCGCGUCCGCAUCCUUUGUGCCGCCAGGGAAAUGCUUCACUCCCCCCUGCCCUGCAGUGGCUGCAAACCCACCUCCAAUGGGCCUGACGUCUUUAUCAGCUACCGGCGCAGCACAGGGUCGCAGCUAGCCAGCCUGCUGAAGGUCCACCUGCAGCUGCACGGCUUCAGUGCAUUCAUCGACGUGGAGAAGCUGGAGGCUGGGAAGUUCGAAGACAAGCUGAUCCAGAGCGUGAUGAGCGCCCGCAACUUUGUGCUGGUGCUCUCCCCGGGCUCGCUGGACAAGUGCAUGGCAGACCCCGAGUGCAAGGACUGGGUGCACAAGGAGAUCGUGACAGCGCUGAACUGUGGGAAGAACAUCGUCCCCGUGACCGACCACUUUGAGUGGCCUGACCCACAGACACUCCCUGAGGACAUGAGGGCUGUCCUCAAAUUCAAUGGCAUCAAGUGGUCCCACGAGUACCAGGACGCCACGAUCGAGAAGAUCAUCCGCUUCCUCCAGGGCCGCUCAUCCCAGGACUCCUCCGCCGGCUCCGAGAACAGCCUGGAGUGCGUGCCACCCCUGGCGCAGACCUAGCGCUGCCCGAGCCACCACCACCAGUUUCCUGGAGGAGCCCCGGCUGCGGGGCCAGAUCUUCCCUCUAGACCUCCUUUUCUCCAGCGCUGCACAGCGCGCCCCG